CUUGAGAUUCGGUUCUACUCCAAAUCUUAUUUUGCAAACCGAACGAGGGCGUAGGCGGUCUCGGGUUGCAGUUGCACGCAAAAGACAUUGAAGGAAGGUUUUCAAACCCUUAUUGAGAGUACAGUUUAAUUGUGUCAUUUUGAAGGUUGCACUUCCAAACGGAGAGUAACAGAUCAAUUAAUGGAUGUGGAUGUUGUGGACGUCAGCAGCAGCGAUGACGAAAACGCCGCCGGAGCUGAAAGAAGGAGACCAUUGUCGUCAUCAAACGCCUUACCACUGCAAACCAAACAAGAAGUGCGGAGUUCUUCUGGAGCAAACCCUAGUGGUCCAUCAGCACCGGCAUCCAUCAAUGAUAAGCAAAGCCUCGACUCGCGAAGCUUCUGGAGAGCAGGGGAUUACAAUGUUGGUCCUUCAAAAUCCAUUGCUUUCGAAGGUCAUCUGGAACACGCCCGUGUCCAUCCAAAGUUUCUUCAUUCCAAUGCAACCUCGCAUAAAUGGGCUUUUGGAGCAAUUGCUGAACUAUUGGAUAAUGCUGUUGAUGAGAUAUCAAAUGGUGCAACCUUUGUGAAGGUAGAUAAAAUUAACAAUAUGAAGGAUAAUUCCCCUGCUUUACUUUUCCAUGAUGAUGGGGGUGGAAUGGAUCCUGAACGUUUGAGGAAAUGUAUGAGCUUGGGUUACUCAUCAAAAAAGUCAAACACAACAAUUGGACAAUAUGGUAAUGGAUUCAAGACAAGUACUAUGCGACUUGGUGCUGAUGUUAUUGUUUUCAGUCGUGCAAAUCAUCCUAGCCGAGAAACUCAGAGUGUAGGGCUUCUAUCUUAUACCUAUUUGCGGACAACAGGCCAGGAUGAUGUAGUUGUUCCAAUGGUUGAUUUUGACAUUUCAGACCAUUGGGCAGAGCCCAUAAUUUAUAGCUCUCAGGAUGAUUGGUCUGCCAAUUUGAAAACAAUUCUUGAAUGGUCUCCCUUUUCAUCAAAGGAGGAGCUCAUGCUACAGUUUGAGGACAUUGGACCGCAUGGCACAAAAGUAAUUAUAUACAACCUGUGGCUGAAUGAUGAGGGCAUAUUUGAAUUGAGUUUUGAUGACGAUGAUGAGGAUAUACGGUUGAGAGAUGAAGCUAAUCGAGGUACUCUGUCAAAAGUAAACAAGAGAAUGGCUGAAAUCCAAUCCCAUAUUUCAUACCGGAUCCGCUACUCCCUAAGGGCAUAUGCUUCCAUUUUGUACCUCCGAAAACUUACGAACUUUCGCAUUAUAUUAAGGGGAAAAACUGUGCAGCAAUUUAAUAUUGCAGAUGAGUUGAAAUAUCCCAAAGUAGUGGUGUAUAAACCACAGCUUGGCAUGGCAUCUAAAGAGGUUUCUGUGGAAACAAAACUUGGAUUCAUCAAAGAGGCACCAGCUCUUGGAAUUUGUGGAUUCAAUGUAUACCAUAAAAACCGCCUCAUCAGGCCCUUCUGGAAGAUCACUGCUGAUGGUAAUUCAAUCGGCAAUGGUGUUGUCGGAGUCCUCGAAGCAAAUUUCAUAGAACCUGCACAUGACAAGCAGGAUUUUGAGAGAUCAUCUCUUUUUAUCCGGCUGGAAAAUAAGCUAAAACAAAUGCAAUUGGAAUACUGGAAAAACAACUGUCACUUAAUUGGGCUCCAGGCCCCAGGUACACGGAAUGUGCCAAAGGAGUAUCCUGUUCGACCUUCUGUACCUUCUGUUGGAUUCACAGCUAAUGUGCAGAAGCAGUCACCUGUUGGGCUCACAGCUAAUGUGCAAAAGCAGCUGCCAGUUGACCAGCCUAUUAUUGGUAUCUCAGCAAAUUCAAGGCAGGAUAUGAGUAACAUGCAACCUGGAAGCAGCUGCCCAGUAAACUUUCAUACUGAAUUACCUGCUUUUCGGCCUGUUAUUGGUCUUGCUGAUGGUACCUUCAAAGAAGCAAUGUCUAUAGAUUCUUCUGGGUCCACAUCCAUUGAUCAGCUAGCUGACGAGAACAUAGAACUGUUCAUGAGGCGUGAGGCGCAUAUACAAAAAGAGAACGAGUUGAAACAGAUGGUUGAGGAUUUGGAGAAGGAACUGAAGGAAGCCAAAAGGAACUGUGCUCAACUUGCUUCUCUCCUUGAAUUUAGGAAGAAACAGCGAACUGGAAAGGUUUGAUACAUGGACAUAAUGGAACAGUAAAGAGCGAUUACUUUUCCCUGAUUUCUAGAGCACAACAAUGGAUAAUGCACCAUGUGUGCUUAAUGAAAGUGUUGCCAUUAAUGUCUAUAAAUAUAUAUCAAUAUCGAGUGUUUUAAUCCCUGAUUCGGCAGGUGUGUUACAACUUUGCACAUGUUUGUUUUUACAGAACCUUAUUAUUAUUUGUGAAAAUGAAAUUGCAAGUGGAAGUUGUGAAGAGCCA